UAGGUGGUGUUUAUCCGAUUGAGAUGGAGACCAGGGUCAAGGGAACGCACUCCGAGAUCAGUAUGGAAUCCAGCAGAACAAGGCUGCUGCAACCGCUCAGAUCUCAAUCCCAGGAUAACGAAAUCCGAUUAUUAUCCACAAGAAGCGAUCUGGCGAUGACACCAUGGCCUCUACAAUCGGAAUCUCCAUCUGAAUCGGAUGAAUCCGAAUCCGAAUCAGGUUACACCACAGAGAGUAGCUACCGAGCAGUGACUGGAUACGAGCUCCUUCCGCAAAGUAGUUCGUAUGCCAGCAGCCAGAAUCCCUUUGCGGCUACGCCAGCGGACUUCCUCUGGGAGAUCUACGUGCCCAUCCAUAGUGGAGCCACUGCGGAGGACAUCCAGACCGUUCAUGGGGAGUUGCGGGAGUUGCUGGCCAGCGAGAUGCGUUUGAUCAGAGGCGCAAAUGGACCAGUGAUCUAUCUUAUAGCAUACAGCUACAUGUGAUUAUUUCUUACAUAUAUUUAAAUUAUAUAAACCACA